CAGUUACUCAAUGUUAAACACGAACAUGUCGAGAAGCACGUAAACUUGGCCUGGGGUAAGAAUAAAUCCUGAGUCACGUUUACAUGGUUUAAGUCUUGGCCUACAUUAAAAAUGACUGGUUUUUUAACUAAAUAAAUUAAAUUGAUAAUUACUUUGGUUACGAUGUCAUCUACACACACUUUGCGAACUCCGACGGUGACUUCGACUCGAACAGAGACGCCAAGAUCGCCAUCAGUAACAUUGAAACUGAGAAAACCAAAGUCACACAAGAAAGUCAACUGGAAAAAUGGCGUCAUAGAUAAUGAGCACAUGGGCAAAAAGAAAUCAAAAUGUUGUUGCAUAUAUGAGAAGCCACGCAUGUUUGGAGAGAGUUCAUCAAGUGACGAGAGUGGUAAUGAUGAUGAGUGUAAAAUGUGCAGACACCAGAGAAAAGGAAACUACGAAAAGCAACCACCAGAAGGCACAGAGCAAUGUGGGGCAGAGGGGGGCACUUCUGCUUAAUUCCUGAAUACUUUUCAACCCUGUGUUAGAGUAUUUUCUCUCAUAGAUUGUAGGCUUCCAUAAAAACCUGUUAUGGAAUGGAUAUGAAAAGGACUUAUUAAAUAUUUUGCCAAGUAGAAUCUCUAGAUUUUGAAAGUUGCCUGUUGCAAUUUGUGUACAUUUUCCUGUUUUCCUGGCAUGAGCAAUUCAUUACAGUACAGUUACAGUUUCAAGUCCUUGUGUAAGCCCAGUAAGUUGAGCGAGUCCCAGGCAUUGAACUCUCGUGAGUGGGUACAUGGCAGGGUGGAGGGUUUUAGACCCAAGGAAUCCAAGCUAAAAAUGUGUCUGCACUUUUGAGUUCAAAGUUCAAGUACAUGUACACACAUGGAGCAGUUAUCAAUGAUAAUACAUGAGUAGACUUAACUGGAGUAGUCAAACCUCUCCCUCUGUGUUGGAGAGGAGAUUGUAAAGGUCUGUUUUCCAUUUACAUGUAAUUGCUAGUGUACAUGUACAUGUAUGUAGAGGUGUCAGGAGAUUGUGCAUUCAAGAUGUGGAAGUUCAGUAUGGUCUUUUGAAAUGCAUGUACAUGUAGUGUGCAGAUAAACAGUACCAUCUUGGGCAGUAUUGUAGUCGAGACCAUCAGAAGACCAGACACAAGACCAGACACAAGAUUAGAUACAAGACCAUGCACAAGAUUAGUCAUAAGUAACAGGGUGAACAAUGACAAAGGAAUGAUUUCGUUGCAGUUCAUUUGAGUAGCUGAUGACUUGGAUUCAGACUGGAGUCCUUGUGUUGGUCUUAUGUGGUCUUUUGAAGGUCUUAAAGGGUCUCAACUACAACAUUGGUCUGUAGGAACCUCAGGGUGGGUAGCCAAAUGGGUGCAGUUAAGCAGUGACUUAACGGGCAUUCAUACAAACAUCAAUAUACUCCACAAGAUAUAGAAGGGUACCCCCCCAUAUCCAAUUACUAUACACAAUCCAGACUUUUGUAGCCUCACUCUUCCCCCUAGAAGUCUUCAAAGAAUUCCUGAGACUUGGUAACACAAUGAACUACACAUUAUCUUGCUUCAGAUGAACAGCAACCCUACCAGAUUCUUCAUAUCUAACAGGUGGUUUCAGAGGGUUUAGCUGAAGAGAGGCAGGUGUAACUACAUCCCUUUAUUUGCACACUUAACUGGAUACCCGUUGGAGUGUGAUGUAAACACAUAUAGCUUUUGAAGAAUCUGAUGGAAAUAUAUUACACACAAGUGUGCAAGGCUGUGUAUCUCCAUGUGAAAACCUGUAUAAAAUGUGUGAAUCUAUGCUUACCAUGUUGACUUAUCAAAGUAAGACAGUAGGCUUGUAUUUAUUGGUGUGAACUGAUGUAAAUAAACAGAAAUAUGAUCUUAAGUUGUA